AUGGUGAGCUUCUCGAGCCUCGUGGUGGCGUGCCUCGCUGCGGUCCCCGCGGUGCAGGCUCACUACGUCUACAGCAUUCUGACCAUCGAUGGUCAGCGGACCCCGGACUGGCAGUACACAACAACAUCCAGCCGACCAAGCACUUCCUCAACGCGGGCGCCGACUUCCGCUGCAACACGGGCUCGUGGGCCAACGCGGGGCGCACGCACCCGGCUCUGGAACGGCGGCAAGAUCCUGCACCCGGGCCCCUCGACCGUCCACAUGUCGCGGGCUCCCAGGGACGUGCGCCAGUACCAGGGCGACGGGGACUGGUUCAAGGUGUACCAGGACAUCAUCUGCGGGGUGCAGAACCCGCUCCGCAACACCGACUGGUGCAGCUGGGACAAGCCCGAGGUCGGCUUUACGCUGCCGCGCGACACGCCGCCGGGACAGUACCUGGUACGCGUCGAGCACAUCGCCAUCCACGGCGCCCAGUCGGCCGACACCGAGUUCUACUUCACCUGCGCCCAGAUCGAGGUCACGGGCAGCGGGAGCGGCCGGCCCGGCCCCAUGGUCAAGAUCCCGGGGCUCUACAACCGCGAGGACCCGGCGCUGCGCUUCUUCAUCUACGACGCCCGCAGCUACCCCUACACCACUGUCGGCCAGCACAGCGUCUGGACUGGCGGCGGCGGCGGCGGCGGCGGCGGCAGCAACCCCAACCCCGCUGGCAACGGUGGAGGCGGCGGCGGCGGCGUCGCUCCUCUUUACGGGCAGUGCGGUGGCCAGGGCUGGACUGGGCCGACGACCUGUGCGUCGGGCAGGUGUGUUGCCACCAACGAGUGGUAUUCUCAGUGCGUCCCCUAA